GUUGCAGGAUGUGGGUUGAGAUGCUGAAGUAGCAGCAGGAGGAGGUUUUCUCAGCUCUCUCGGAGAGUCCGGACCACCUGUCACUUCACCGUUUUGAGGACGAACUCAUCCAAAGAGGAGAACAGAGGCAGAGACGCGCGUAAUUUCUCUGUGCGUCUUCCCCGCGCCAUGCCUCCUUUCCUCCUCUCCCUCCUCUUCCUGUGACUACCUGUCUUUUCCUUCUUGGAUGAACUUUCUCUCCGUGAGUGGGAACGCGGCUGAGAUCAUGAAAACGACGCGGAAAUGUCGCGCGCUGCUGUCAGUGGGUCUGAACUUGGUGGCUCUCUUCUUCUCCACAACCGCCUUCAUCACCACAUACUGGUGUGAGGGCACCCAGCGCGUCCCCAAGCCCAACUGCAGCAAGCAGCGGAGACACAACUGCAUCGACUACGGCGUGAACGAGACGGACCCGAGCAAGGUGCACUACAGCUGGGAGACCGGGGACGACCGCUUCCUCUUCCGACGCUUCCACACCGGUAUCUGGUACUCCUGCGAGGAGAACAUCCACGAGGCAGGUGGGCACAGUGUCCAGGUGUCUUUCUCUUGAAACCCAAACGUGUUCAGCAGUUACUUCGCGGUUUAAGCAACAAAAACUGCAUUUUAUCAUCGAGAAAAAGAUUUAACAUAACCGUGUCCUGGACGCUCUUUGAACCAGUUUUUACUCGAAUCACGCAGAGGUUUUUUUUAACAUGUCAUUCAGCAUCUCACAGAAAGAAUCUUUAUCUCUUGUCUCCAGAUAUUUAUGCUUUAAAUCCUUUCAAUCGCAGCUCCUCUGCUUCAAUUCCUCCUGAAUGUUAACAGGUCACUCGGGUCAUUUUUACGCACGCACCAAGGACACAUCUCUACACGUAAAAUCAACAUGUUUUCCUGCGGUAGAGUAGCAUUUCUUUUUGUCCCAUUAAUAGCAGUUACAGUGAUGUUUGUAGCAAUGAAAAUCACUAGACAUGUAAAGCAGUUUCCAGGUGUAAGUUAGUAGGGUGAAAUUUAAAUCCCCUCUUGAAUCUGCAUGAAUGAAAUGACACUUCAAGGUUUUAAUCUGCUUGCUUGUCCUUAAAAUAAAAAGGCACUCUCAAACCAGUAAAAACAUAAACUGUGAUUGCAUCUUACUUUAAAUUUGAGGAUUUGCUGCUACUCUGGCUUCUUACAGAUGCCGCUUUGUGGACAGAGUGAUGUGCAAACACUUCAUAACAUUUCAGAGAUUUGUGAUAAAGCAAGAUAAUAAUCUGCAUUUUACCAACAAUUACAGAAACUGUCAUUCUAGCCCUGCUUGUAACUACUACUUAGAAACAUAGAUUUGGUUUCAACUUCAAUGUGACACAAGAGCCUCUUUCACUCAUCCACUCCUUAAACUCUGCAAAAUUUUUAAGAAAUGAGCGCCCAAAACUUUAAAAGUUAACUUAUGUCCCUUACAAGCUGAUGUCUUUCUUUGGACAGUGUUUGGGGGGCUAGGGAGGGAGGCAAACAGUGAUCCUUAAAAAUCACCAGAGUCGAUGUUUACAACAUAAUGACAGCAUCAGAAUCCAUACACGAUAAUGCAAUUUUGCAUCUAUAUGAAUAAGUGAUGUGCACAUUUAGACACUUAAAUGACUAAAAGUAGACAAUUAAAAAUGGGCUAUUGCUCCUGUUAGUAUUUGCUGUCAUAAUGCAAUCAUGCUCUGCUACUUGGAUGUAAAGAUGUAAAGAUGGACAGUUGACUUCUUGUAAUGUGCUGUUUGUCAGUAUUUUUAUUGCGGAAACUGGUGCUUAAGUUGUAUGUAGGCUUUACUGGGCCAAUGAGUAACAAUCACAGGUAUGUCAGCAUUACACUGCAAGACGGUCUGAAUGUUCAAAGCCACUGAUCUCACAUGCACUACAAACCACAUUGUUUAUACCAUCAGCAGGAUUAGCCAUGUUAAAUGCAUGAAGAGUGCUUUAGAUCUGACUUCUGCUGCCGUAAAACACAGUGCUUGGCAUCACUCAGCACCUUCCAUCACCUAUCGGCACCUUUUGGCUACUCUUGGAUUGUGAGUGGUCGUUGACUGCCCCGUGAGCUACACUCACGUUACCAUUCAUGAGUUAUAAACUGAGCAGUUCAGUUCAGUAUUUAUAAAAAUGUGAGUGCAUUCAAAGAACACAUUCAUUUUUAAUCGUUCACACACAACACUGCUCUUAAUAGUAGUAUAGCCUCUGUGUGGAACCUAUAGUUUUGGCGCCCUCAUCUUGCUGACUUUUAACAGUCAAAUUUAUCAUUUAUUGUGAUUGUUUCAUGUGAAAAAUGUAAAAGCUGUUUCUUCUACUGCUUGGCUGACACGUGCCCCAUUGCUCAAGUUUCAGGCAACAAAAGUGUUAUGAAAAUAGUCAUUCAGGUGUGUGUUGAAUUGACCAAAAUUCAGAAAAAGCAAAUAAACCAUUAGGGACCAGAUACCAAUUAAAACCAACUGAUUCACAUAAAUCUAAUACGGUGCCUUUUGUUGCCCUCUUGUCAUUUUCUGAAAGACUGUCAGUUUGCUAAGUGUUUUCUUUUGGGUGGUCGAUCAGUUGGUCAGUCGUGGUCAUAGUAAGUGAGGUGGUUGAUCCAGAAGGUGAAACAAGUUGUCUUUCACUGAAACUGCUAACCAACAUAGUCUGCAGAUUGGCAACGUCUGUCUUAUUGAACCCCAACCACUUCUAUAGGAGUAAGCAAGAUCUAUGUGUAGCAACUAAAUCUUGCAGUAUGGUCUCUGAGGCUGGUGGGGUUUGCUAAGUCAUUUCUUACUUCAGCUAUGUGGGCAGCUGUGCUAGCUUUGUUUGUUCAAAUGUGCGAACACUGCAUGUCCUCAUUCUGCAAUCGUCUGUUCUGCUAGGCAUGAUCUUAUUAUGCAGACGCAUGUGGAAGCAUAAGUUGUGUUUUGAUCGUUUUCUGCAAAAUGAGUGACACACUACAUAUGACCAUUUUGCACUCGGUUUAAACAAUCAAACAAACAAGUUAUUAACUACAACAACACAUAGCGUACACUCCAACUGGUCAACAUCAUCACCCUCUUGCCCCUGCACUAGUGAGAAUUUUGCCAUGGGGCUGUCAGCUAUAUGAUGGGUUGUAUUCCUGCAGGAGCUAUGAAGAAAUAACAGCUAUAACCCUGCAUCUGAAGUAUAUAGCAGCAUUUCAGCUGUGUUCAGAGAGGUUUUUAGCAGAAUUCAAAUUCCAACACAACUUAAGAUGCUAUAAAAGAUGAAAGAAAAAGUAACCAAAUCACAACCUGAAGUUUCUUUUCAGGUUAAAAAUUUGUUAAGGAGUUUUGACUUAUUCAGGUGGUUUCUAAAGCACCCUCUUGUAUGUUGGAUGUGCUCUAAACAGAGCACUGCACUGAGCCGAGCCUUGAACCGAUCGUCCUUGGAGUGAAACAAGAGGCAGGGCAGAUUUAUUACUGAAGCACAUUCUAACACAGAGUCAAUUCAGAGUGUUUUUACAAAGGCAAAGAUGUGCUCUGAAAACAGCAAUGAGGGACAAAAAGAGGUGAUAACCAGAAUAAAUGUGAUUAAAAUUGAAUACACAGGAAUGUUAAGGGAAAAAAUAUAGUUACAGAGUAUUUUCAAAAUGUUAGGGGACCCAGAUGUCACAAGAUAUUAAAGUGUAAGGGAAAGAAGACAAUAAAAAGUGUUGGUAUGCCUGAAGUCGCAGCUAAAUUGUUAGUUAGCAAUUAUUAUCUAGUGUUUAUUUUCGUUGUAAAGACAUCAGAACAUGAAAGACUGUGGACAUUUUGUCUUAUUUAUGUCAAUUUCUGGUUCUUUUACAGCAGAAAUGAUUUGCCAAGCUUAUAUUUGGAUCUCAAAAAAAGAAAAUUUCACAAAUCUCUUUUGAGUUUGUUGUGCAUUCAGCCUUGCACAGUUUGUGCCCAGUCUGUGACCUUUCAUUCGGAGUCAUUUCUUUCAGUCAUUUCUCUCCUACAAACCCCUAAUUCAAAGCAUCAAGUGGUGAAAAAUGAAAGGGUUUAAUGCACUAAAUCCUCACAGGUGUUGUCGCUUGUGAAAUGACAGAUUGCAUGUCUUCUCCAUUGGUGUGUGUACACAUGAUGCCCGUUUUACACCCCAGUUUUCCUCAUUGAAUAAAGUGAACUCCCAGUGAACUCCCACUGGAAACACUCCAAAACCAGACCCCCACAGUACUGGAUUUGUCCUGCUCUCGUGCGAUACCACUUUCAUUUCAAUUCAGCUAACAGAACAGCCCAUGGAGCAUUCGCUGACUUGAAUCAAUAAGUUGUACUUGAAGAACAUAAUGCUAAUACGUAAUAGCAUGGGAUAUGGCGUAUAAACAGUGACAGAUGAUAAUUAACAUGGAAAAUAGCUCUCUGGGGCUGAUUCCCUGAUAACAAAGGUGCUGCUGUGUCUCUGAGAGGCAGUGUGGCCAAUCGCAUCAGCUUACUGACUGGAGGAUAAUUAUCAUGUGAUGAAAAAUGCAGUUUGAAGUACAUUAAGCACACCUUGUUACAUCUUUUCUUGAUUAAAAGGAGAUCAACCACCACUCUCAUUAUAACUCUGCAAAGCUAUUUCUGGUUUUAAUUUAUAGCAUCUCACUCUUGAAAUUAUGGUCAGUCUCAGAAAAUAAUAUUCUCAUUACCAAUCUUAAACUCUAAAUUUGCAAUCUUAGCCUUUCAGUGGAAAAAUAAAACACUUUUCAACAACUUGGGAACUAAGGUUGACAAGUUUCUUUACUUUCAAUGUUAGGUGAUUCAAAACAAUUCAUUAAUUUAAGCUUUGAAAUGAUCAAAGGCACCCAAAAAAAUCCAAACUACUAACUAUACCAACUCCUCUGUUAGUGAAAGAGAGAGAGGGAGAUCAAGCGAGAGACAGAGACAAAGCCCAGCAGGGAUUAAUCAAUAAAGUUUGUCAAAGAGAGAGCUCAGGUGGAGAACAAAGUCAUGAAACUAUUAAGAAUAGUUUAUUUCAUGGACUGUGUGAUAGAUAGACUUAGUCUUGGUGGUGUCACGCAUGUGUUUCUGAAGCAGAGUUUUGAGGCUAUUAGUGACGGUUGCCAUGCUGGUAAUGCUGACUCAACCUAACUUUCUGUCCACCUACCAGGUUGACCAGUCCUUCAGCCUCUUCUCAAACAGCUACAGCAUUCCCGUCUGUCAGUCAAGUCAGUCGUGCUUCUAAUUAGCCAGCCUCCUAACCUGAAUAUCUAUCAAACAAACUUACAACAACAACAAAAAAAGAACUGCAUGCAAAGUCAGAAAUAAGCAGUUGAGACUAAACCCGUUUUUUGAACCAGUCUGUAUGUUUGACAAAUGUGUUUAUUUUAGCAAAAACAAAUUUCUUUUUUUGAUGAGUGUUUAAUGGUCUCUGGUGCAUCUGCAGUCAGCCUCCAGUGGACACUUGGGGAACUGCAGUUUUUAACACUUCCUCAUUAGCUUUAUUUCUCAAGACUGGAGAUUGCCGCUUUGUUAUUUUCUAAAUGUGUCAGAUGGGUUGUACUACAGCGUGACAAUCUGGAGAUGCUACAUCAAGUUUAGGGGUUUGACCUUUCACUUUUUGCAGAUGGACAUUGUCUUAAUAUUUCCUUGGUCAUUCUUGGUGUACCCAAAAUGCUUCCAUUGCCAGCUGUACCUGUUUCUUUAGUGAAUACAAAACUUUACUGCUUGGUCCAUCUGUUAUGGUUAAGCUAAUGUAGUGUAACUCAUGUCUCUUGGACUGCUGCACAGCAGACAUCAGAUAGUUAUAGUCUGCGUAAAUUGAAACAAUGCUUAAAUAAAUGUGCCUCUCUGCCUCUUUUUUUGAGAGUGACAGAGGCAACAUUUGGUGUUGUGGAGCCUUCACUUUUAGAUAAGCUCAAUAUUUUGGGCACAGUUGAUAGUGAUAGUUGUAAAUUGUUAGAGUCCAUAGACAACGCAGAAUUUGACUCAAACUAUCAUUUCCUUAUUGGAGCUUUAAGUUGUUCUGCAUUAUUAGGAAAGUGGCUGAUUUGACUGAUGGAGUGUUGAGUAACAGCUAUUAAUAUAUAAUAAUGACAAAACUAUUAAUAUAAUAAAUCUCAACACUUUUUUCAGAUAACAUGGUUCUUUUGGCCCCUGAUAGUCAAAACCACACACCUAUAUUCUCUUUAAAUUUGUAUUAAAUCACUGCCAACUUGUUCCAAAAGUUCUGGGUAAAUAAGCCGCGUCACGACAUGAAAAUUUAUUGAAACUGUAAAUAAAUGUUGUCAGGGGAAAGGCUUCUGAGAUUUAGAGGUGAAAAAAAAUGAGGGUUUGCUUCAGGGCGCUGACACAUCCAGGGUCGCCGCAGGGUUUAAAUACACAAUAUGAUCUUAUUUAAGACGGUGCAUCAUCUGUCAGCAUCCCACUUUCUGUCAUGGUGGAGAAUAUUUGAGCAUUUCUCACUGUAGUAAAACACAAACUGACAGCACACAUUUAGCUGGGAUUUAUACUUUCUGUGUUUUCAUUCUGCUGCCUUCACAUGUCCAGAAACAGACGUCCACCUCCUGAGCCGUCACAGGUUCAAAUAAAAACACACUGUCAUGGUCACUUCAGUGAGGCUUACUAACUUCAUUACAUCACUACAAUCUGGCAGGACUAUUGAAGAGACACGUAAGCAGCUCAGUUUGAUACUGUUUAAACAGCAGUAAUGAGAACAGAGUCUGGUGCUCCAAGAACAGGCUUUAAGUCUGCACAAAGUUCACUUCACAUCAAACAUGGCUGUCUGUCAACUCCAGCAAAUUCAUCGAUGUUUCUGCAGCUCUUCAGGCUAGUGCAAGUUCAUUUUAACCCAUAAGUGGCUGAGCUAUAAAGAGGCAGAGAGGUGGAGGCCAGUUUCUAGCCUCCUCACAAACAGCUACAAUGUCCCCAUCAGUCAAGUCAGUCAGGCUUCAGAUUCGCUCAACUCAUGACCUUGAUAUCUUUGAUAUCAACGUGUAACAUAAUAUGUAUUUCCCAUACAGUAUGGGGAGUAGAAGAUAGGAGCUACUCAGAGAAAAAUGUCUUUAGAACGGCGCCCCAAAUAUGUUUAUUUUUGCUGUAAAGAUAGGCUUUUUUAAAUGAGAGUGUAUGUGAUUUCUGGUGCUUCAGCCGCCAGCCUCAAGUGGACACUCAAGGAACUGCAGUUUCUAGCACUCCUAAAUUAGCUUCAAUGCUCAAGACCUGAGAUUGCUGCUUGUUGUUUACAUUUACUGAGUGCCAGAGAGAGAGGAACUGGUGAGCACUUUUUAUCCAGGGAGGAGCCUUUGUUUGUCACCCUCCUACAAUUGUUUUCUUGUUGAGGGUUUUCUUUUUCACCUCUUUUUCCUCAGCAUGUUUUGGACUACUGGGAUUAUACUGUUUGUGUGAGUUUGAGGUGGUGCCAGUCCAGUUAUUGAUCUUAUGUCUUUGGGUAGUUUGAAUUCUUUAAUUAGGCAGCGGUGCGAGGAGCAAUGGUCCACUGCUGGCCCAGAACAUUGGUUCAUUUUUCAUGUGGUUUUAUUUUCCAAGUUUUUGGUAUUUUUGGGUUACACAUCCAUUACAAUAGAACUUUAUUGUGAAAGCUGUUGUGUGGCAAUUUCCAAUAUGGCACCCACCAUUGCUGGGCUUGGAAACUGCUCUUCAGAGACCAAUGGAUGAUUUUAUUAUGUGUACAUCUUUAUUUUAUAUGGUCUGUGGUAAAUUAAGCAUUUCUUGAACUGGACUCUAGAUAUGUCAUAUUCUUUGGUAAAGUCAUAUAUUUUAAAUGGGGCUCUAUAGGGAUUGGAUCACUUUUGUAACCAGCCCCUAGUAGCCAGUUAAAGAACUGCAGUUUUUAGGGAUUGUGUUUAUGUUUCCUCUUGUGUGAUUGAUUGGGUCAGUGGGUCAAUCCUGACACGAGCUGCUUCUCCCCCACACACCUAAAACCUUGAGCACUGUAGGGUGGGCAGCAUUGUGGGUAAUGAUAGCAUAGGCACUAAGCUGAUACCAAAGAUGAUUGCACCAAAUAAAUGAUCACAUCCUUGUUUGAUCUACACAAUUUCUGAGCCUUCUUUAAUUAAAGCUCUACUUGAGUAGAAAUAAAUCAAGGUGCAUAAAAGGAGACUGCAGAUAAAUAGCUUCUUUCUUACUCAGAUUAAUGUGAUGCGGCUGAAUGAGGCACACAGUGCUAAAACUUUCAAAGUUAUGGUACGUUAGCUGUUGCUUCACAAAGCCAUUCAUACUCAUUACAGCUGCAAUUAGCCUUGAAUGGCAUCAGAUCACCCAUUAAACAGACUGCUGAGCUGCUGGGAACAAUGAGUAAGUGGUGUAUAAGUGAACCAAAAAUAGCCCACAAAUAAAUUUGAAACCACCUGCAGCCUCUUUAAAUUAAUUUUUCCCGCUACAACCCAGACGUGGAGAAUGAUAACUGGGAUUUUCAAGGUAAUUGACAUGUUUGAGCACUGUUGUCUCCUAUGUGCAGCAGGUAGGAGUAGGAAUACUGAUUGUGCUGUUAGUUAGUCCUGUCGGCAGGUCACGGAUGAGCCCGCUCGCUCCUUAAUUACAUUUUAGAUUCAUGUCCUAAUCAGACGCCGAGCCGCUCACCUUUGAGCUGUGGCACGCUUUCACUGCAGCUCAACAAGUCAUGAACGCAUUUUUCUGCCACUAAACUCGGUCUCUCCACUUCCCUGGGGUUUUGACCUUGGAAAAUAUGAAUCAUAACUACCCAAGAAGAGUUUCUCUGCUGUGUUUAUAAAAUAAUAUGCUGCAUUUUAAACAGUGACUCACUUACAAACUUUAAAGCAACAGUAAUGUUAUUUUGGUUUAGUUAUGUUAAAGUUUGUCCAGCAAAUGAAGGCAUGGUCAAAAUACAAAGCUGAGACAAGCAGAGAGAUGAAAAAUUAUGGCUGAUUCAUAAUGUGGGCAAAUAGAGCACAGCCAUUAAAUUAUCUUACAUUAUCUUUACAUUUCCUUGUUUGUCUUAAAUUCUAUUGCCACCCUCUGUUACAAUAAUUUCAUCAUCCAGCCUUGAGUUCAACUCUCUGCUCCUGGGAGCUGGAUCAAAUGGGUUUGUUCAUGUGGAAAUGAGAGCGAGCAGAGCAGGAAGGUUAAAGGGUCAGAUCAUCUCCCCACUGAUGGAACCAUCAAACACAUGAUAUGACAGGUGGUGUAUGUUUGCAAUGCCCACCCCCACCAGUUUGUGGAAGGGACUAAAUUCAGUUUGAUUUAAAUAAAGACAAAUCUCACCGAGGGAACCUUCAAAAUGCAUCACAUAAAGAAUGGAUUCAAGACAGUGUUGCCAAUAGCCUUGCAGUUAAAGCACACCCCACAUUUGAUACCUUCAAGCCAGUUUGGAUGAUUGGGAAUGCCAAUUUUGGCCCAUAUGUCCAGUUUAAAUUUCAUUUUCUGGAGCAGAUAUUGAACUAUAAAGCUGUAGUAAACUAAUAAUGGCACUAAAAAUGUCAAUACAAAGAGAGAGUAAAAUAUUUUUUCCAAAAUUUUCAGAUUGACUUUUUUUUUUUUUAUUGUGCUAGUGUAACUUCUUGAAACUGUUUUGUUGUAGUCUCUUUCAAACUUGUGAGUUUAACUGAACACCUACUAACAUAGAUGUGUUGCGUUCGGCUGAAUUAAUGCACAUUCAUGCACCUGUGCACAAAAGGCAGACACAGAUGGUGAACGACAGUGACGCUGCAGUUUUGACCUGGAAAUAACUUUCACUCCACUCGUCUUUCGGCCCCAAAAACUUAAUCAUCCUCAGUAACCGGAAGCAGACAGCGUCUUCAUCUGUUGUUUGGUGGUGGAGGUGUGAGCUGGCGGGAGUAUGUCUGUUUGUGUCUGUGUGCGGGGGAGGUUAUACGGCUGUGUGAGGGUGCUGGUGGUCAUGCUGGUUAUGGAUGGGGCUGCUUGCUGCCUGAGACACUGCAGAGGCUGAGUUAUGGCUCAUGUUGUGGCUGCUGAUCUGUGACCUGCAGGGUCCCACCGAGCUCUGAUCAACUCUCUGCAGCCUGAAUGUGCAGGAGAGCAAAGAUGAUACUGCAAAAACACUCCUGACAUGAAUAAUACACUUAUAAUAUGUGAGGAAAAAUACUGUAAAAUCCCUAUGAAGUAAAACCAUUCCAAUAUAAAUGUUCACAACAUUAAGGUGACAAAAUAGGCUCAAUCUUAUUUAAACUUUGGUAUAGUAACUGUAGAGUAGCUCUAUAACCUCAUGGUUUAAAGGUCACGGCUACUUUUAAACAUUUUGAUUCACAAAUAUCUGUAAUAGACAUUAAAGGUUAAGUUAUGCCUGAGUUUGUAAGAAAAAGUCACAGGUACAUUUCAAAGGAGACCUUUUGAAAGCUUAGCUUUAGGCCUAUGUCACACAUCUCCUCCUUCUUCUUUAUUCUCCAUUUCAAGCUAUACUUCUUAGGCUUAAUGCAUUUAUUCAAAGAGGAUAGGACAGAGUGAAUAGAGCAGGGAACCUGUAGAGAGAGAGUGGGAGUGAGAAGCAGGAAAGAAGCUGCGGGUUGGAAUCUAACCCAGUGCAUUAACUCAGCAGACUCAGGGCCAAACCAGAAACCCCACUCUCCUUUUCCUUGUUAUAAAGGAAAAUCCUUGUCAUAUUUAACAAUGUUCCAAAGCAACUAACUGCCUCAUGCAAACAGAAAUUUACUUUUUAAAUAUCUAAGUGGUCUAAAAGUGAGAAAGUACUCAGAAAAUAUUGUGCUAAAUUUUUGUAACAAAGCUAAACACAGGAUCAGAGUCUGCAGGCAGUUUAUGUCAAAUUGGAUUACUAACUGUGGCUAACAUUAGCAGAACUAGCACCACCAGCCUUCAGUCCUCCUUGCAGGUUAACACCCACAUAACGGCUACACAUUGCUCUGGUCAAGUGAUUUCACCAGACAGUCUGCAUACAAUUUUAUCUCUUAAAAAUACGAAAUAAUUAAAUAAAUAAAAAAACACUGUGAUAUGAGAUGCAAUCUGAUGUUAUAGCAGCAGUCAUUAACCAGAACUACAGCUCUAGCUAGUUGAGGGUAGCUACACUUCAGCUCAAGGUUUAUUUAUGCAGUACAUCAUCUAGAAUAUGGUUAGAAGGCUCCAGCCACAUUCUGUGUUGAUUUUGUUUGUAUAUCUACAUGUCUCCUGCAAGUUUGCAGAUAUGGGCCAAAUAUUACUGUGCCACCGAAGGAUCAUGGGUGCAAAAAAGCCAACAGUUGAAACCAAAGACAGAACAAAUUUGUUAAAAAAAAAUCCAGAUCUCUCGCUCCAUGUUGUGAAGUAUCUAAUGACUUUACAGACCUUAACAAAUAUAUUAUAUCUUCUCCAUCACUGUCACCAUGUUUGGUUCUGUCAUAAACUUCUGCCCUUUAUUCUUUUUGGGGUAACUUUUGAGUCUGAGUGGCACUCUCCAGUCAAACUUGAUGUCCAUUCAAACACAAAAGGACGCAUAGAUAAGGUUCUUGUAAUGGAUGGGGAAGGGGAGCAUAAAUAAAAAACACUGCAUUAUGUGAUGCCAUCUGUGAUCUGUACUUCUUUACAUCCAGGUAGUAGAGAGAUAGGGCAUUAUGACCGUAGGUAAUAACUAGAGUCACAGCCCUGGUAGGUGGAGGAUUGUCCCUAGGGGGCAAUUGGAGAGAUUUAAGAUAAGCAUGAAAGCCUUUUUUGGUGUUGCCACUGACAAGCACGCAUCAAGUUGAACUGAUAAGAUUGACCUGGACUGGAAGUCAAACAUGGGAAUGACACAAUGUUCAUGUUUUUCACUUAUAAGGAUAAUGUGUUUGAACACAACUCAAGAAUUUCUUUUAGAGAUAAGUAGAAAAAGGUUUUUCUGUUUCGGGGGCAGGUGUGUAGGAAAGGGGGUAGAUGUUCAAAAACGAAGGAAGAAUCACACACACCGUCCAACUUGCAAGUAAAAACAUUAAUUGGUGGCAAAGUUUCGGUCUCAGACCUUAAUUAGGCAAACCUGAAGUUCUUUUCAGAGGUAAGUAAAAUGUAUUACAAGUUUCUUUCAAUAUAAACAUUCCUAGUCUUAAACUGCCCUGACACUUCAAUUGUUUUUGUAAAUAAUGAUAGGUUUUCUAACUGAUACUCUGGAGAAUUAAUACUUCUAAUUCAGUCCCUUUCUCAUGCGGAAUUUUCUUAUGUAACUCUGUACUUUUUAAUGAUCAGUCUGACUGCAGCAACACUUCAUAAUGUGUUUCUUCCUGUGUCACCGGCUCCCUGCCUGAUGCCCUUUUAGCUUGAAUUGUUGGUUUGAUGCAGUGACACUAAUGCUCAUUUUAUCCUUUCUCUGCCCUCUUUACAUUCAUUUUCAUCCUUUCAUCUUUUUCUGCUUCUCAUUAAUCACCUAAUUUGCUCCACCUCUCCUUUUUCUUCUUCUCCCUUCCUUUUCUCACACCUCCUCUCGGCUUCUGUCCCAGCUCAUUUCACCUUGCGUUCUUCACCUCUUUUUCCUCUAUACAUUCUUCUCUACUUCCCCCCUAACUCCCCACCCCCUCCUCUCGCCCCUCUCAGGUGAGAAGUGUCGGAGCUUCAUUGAUCUCGCCCCAGCGUCUGAGAGAGGUGAGUAAUGACAGUCAUUAGGCUUCUUCACCACUCCCUGCCGCUCCCCACCUGUUCUACAGGCCCAGAGAAACCGGGAGAAAAACAAAAAAUACAUACAUGGGUUGUUUCUGAGCGUUAGGAAUUCCCAGAAGCCUUUUUUGUCCAUAUUUAUCAUCAUACAGACACAUUUAUCAGAUAAAAUGAAAUGAGGUAUUAAUUUCAAGGCAUGGAUUCUGUACAGGGAGCUUUGCUUUUGUUGUGCGACUCAGAGAGAGAAUAUGAAAUAUGGGACACCACAAAUUUAAAGGGAUAUUCCGGCGUAAAAUUAAGUUAGGGUCAAACACACUAAACAACGAGUUAGACACCCCAUUGAGAGAUGAAUGUUGCCGACCACUUGCUUCUCUAGUUAUACCAGCUUCAGCAACGACCGCAGGAUAGUAAUACACAACGGGCUCAGGAGCCUAGAGCUCAACCAAAAUGCCACUCUAUAGCCACAAAUAAUGCUCAGAACAGCACCUAACUUCACCCACAGUACGUAUAGGGUCCUAGCCACAGCACUAGCCACCAAACACCUUUUAGCUUUGCUUGGUUUCUUUAGCAAAGAGACUUAACACAACUCACCCACUCUCUUCCAGCAGCCGCUUGUUUGUACGGAGACCUGAGGCAAGUCCAUUACGGACUACAGCGGGGUGAUGCAUCUCAAGGAAGAACAUUUACGAUACCUUCUUUAUGGAAAUGCAAUCAGACCGAGACGCUAAGGCAAAGGAAUCAUCCUGCAGUGCAAAAUGAUUAAUAUGAUGAUUAUUACUUCAAGGAAAUGAUAAAGUAAUGAUCAUAAAUGUUCUUCCUGGAGCUGCGUCACCCCGCUGUAGUCGGUGAUAGACUGUGGUUAGUGCUGUGGCUGGGACCCUAUAUGUAUCGUUGAUGAAGUUAGGUGCUGUUCUGAGCAUUAUUUGAGGCUAUAGAGUGGCGUUUUUGUGGAGCAUGUGGCUCUUUUUAUUGCUAUCUGCAGUCAUUACUGAAGUUGGUAUCACUAGAGAAGCAAGCGGUUGGCGACAUUCAUCUCUUGACGGGGUGUCUAACUAGGUGUUACGGUGUGUUUGACCUUAACUUAGUUUUGCGCUGGAAUAUCUCUUUAAAACUAACUACCUGCUCACUAUUCAAAUAUUCUCUUUAUCCCUUGAACUUAACACGUUUAUCAUUCACCAUGUUACACCUACAUGCACAGAUGAGGAAUAUGUUGUAUGAAUAAUAAGCUCAAAUAGAAACUCCUUUUACACCCCUUUUCUCCUGGAUAACACCUGUACGUAGUGCCAGAUUACCUAUUUCAGAAAGGAACAAUAAUUGAUUGAACACAACCUGAGGUUGUACUUUAAAACUGUGGUUUAAGAUGCAUUCAAAAGAUUUUAUAACCAUUUUAUUUGAAGCUUCCCAAAGCCUUCACCAUGAUUAUGUUGACAGAGGAGGGUGUAGAGGGAAAGUGACAUUUAUUAAUUGAUAUGAAACAAGCUCCGUCCUGUCUGCUGUGGUGUCAGCUGUGAUUUAUGGAAGUAAUAGCAGCCAGUAGACUCUGGAAAAAUAAGGCCAAUGCUGUAUUUUCACAUUAAAAUUAAGCAGAUUUUGAGUGAGUUACAUGAAAAAGAAAUUGUUGUACUUUUCCACAAACAACAUGCUGAACAAAGAGAGAGGUUAACCUUAUCAGAGGCCAGUAAAUCAGACUUUGUCACUGCUGUUUCAGGCUGUGUUUCCAUCCCAUCAUUAAUUAAUUGACUUCCUCUUGUGUCAGCUGAAAGGGCGUUUGCAUUUUUCUAUCAAAGCUGAAAUACAGUUUUAACAUUUUACUGUUGUGUCUGAGGUUGUAAGUUUUAUAAAUUUGUGAGUCCAACAUUAUGAUGAUAUAAACAUCUUUCUAACUGACAAACUAUAAGAGAUAAAGAACAUCUGGACAGAUUUUAAGCAAUGACUACAAGUCCAAUUGGUAAGUCAGAAACUUCAAAAGACUGCACAAAUUGAUCAUGCAUCUUCGCCAUCUUUUGUUGCUGCAGGAACCCUACUUGUCACCACAGCGGUCAGUCAUGGUGUUGUGUUCCUCUUUAAUCAAUGGUAUCAUAAGUCGCAUCAUUAAAAAGUGACAGGAAAAAGUGCAGUGCUAUAAAAAAAGGAAAACUUUUUUCCAAUUGAAAGAGCUGAAAACUAGUGACUAAAACUCGUUUGAAGUUUGACCAAAAUCCUAUAUGUUUACAUGGAUGAUGCAGACUGUAAGACUCAUUCUCUCCAGCCAGUUGGGGAGCUCCAAAUGUUUUGGCUACCUUGUUGGAAAGCAGACAUGUCAUUUUUAUUUUAUACAGUUGCUGUCAAUCAACCAUGCAGCAACAUCAGGUGGUGAUAAUUAAAUCAAGACAGUUACACAAGUGUCCACUUGAGGCUGGCUCCAAAAGCCAAGGAAAAACCCAUUAGGCCUCGUGCACAAGUGGUUAACCUUACAGAAAAUUUAAACAUGUCUAAAGCCUGGUACAAAGUAUUACUGUGGUCUACACAGCUCAUUUCUGGUUCAAACCAUUCAAACUACGGUUAUUACAAACUGUUCAAUCAUAUCUGUUUUAGCUUUAUUAAGUGAAGAGUUACACGUAGAUUUACAUAAUUAGCAUCUCCGAAGGUUGUUUAGCUGGUAAGCACAUAGUAGCUGUUUGCCAGAAGGCUCAAGGCCUCCACCAGCUUCACUGUUUUUAAUGUUUCUAGCUCAAUUGAAAGCAGUAAAUUUAUUCAGCAUUUGCAUUAAGGUGAUUACCAUUGUCGGACUUUGCCACACCUCUUCAGAAACCAGUUACUACGUUUACAUGCUCGGUCAAGGCAAGCUACAGUCCUAGCUUGGUUCGUUGAUUACACAGGACUACUGUCCUUGUUCCUGUUUACAUGUACUGGGCAAGAACAGAAUUGUUGACAGCACAUUUGCCUCAGUAGGUGGUGACAUGCUCAUUACCAUUAUGCCAUCUCUCAAGUGACAUAUUGCAUAUUAAAACAGCCAACUGAAUGCAUUAGCAAGAGGCUAACGGGAUCUACAUCGAAUGAUGAAAACACUGUCACUUUUACAGCUCUGUGCCGUUGGUAUGGGGCAAGGUUUUUUUCCUACCUGAAUUCCUGGCAGCACAUCUGCACUGUUCAAUUUCCAGUUUAGAGUCUGGUGUGCAAACUCUAGGCAUAUGCAGAACGCAUCAGCUGGUUUCAGUUGGAUUGAGCAGUAUACAUAGAUAUGAAAAUGAACACCCAACUGCAUUACACAGGUAUGUCGGUCAAGCUAUGAGAAGUUUGAUUUGGUGCGAUUUCGGUCGACUAAUGUGUUCAGAUGGUUUUUAAAAGUCCAGUUUCAGUCAAAAUUGAUUUUUUAAACUUCAUACUGAGAGAGUGACGUCACUGAGGCUGUAUUUGAUAGAGUCUAUGCUUUGCUAAGCAGCUAACAUUAGUAUUCUGACCCUUACUGGCCAAAUUUGAUGCUUGCCAGGAAAAGGUCAACAUAAUAGAAGGUGUACAUUUGUAACUUAAGCACUCUAACUCCCAGAAGUUAUUCUGUCAUAUAGGAAGUAGUUAAAUGCUAACAUUCAGUGUUGUCGUAUAGUAGCUCAUGGGUUGCAGAAUAUAUCAUUUUAAAAUACACAGGAGAAUAACAAAACAGCAUUUGAGUUCCUAACUUUAUGGUGUUAGAGGAAAAAAAAAAAAAGCACUGUGAAUUUGAAUUAACUUAAAAAAUGUUCGGGUUUUGCCUUUUAUUUUUUCUUCGGGUGUUUUCAACAUGAUCCCUUCUUGAGAACACUUAUCAGGUGCUUGUUAAUGAGAGACUAUCUGAGAAGUCUCCUCCAGGUUCCUUCAAACUGCAGAUAAGAGCAGUUAUUUCUAACAGCGCAUGGUGUUUAUAUCCUGAGGCGCAUAAAAAGAAUAUUUUAACGUCCAGAAGAAAGGGAAUAUCUUGGUGCAUGUGGGUGUAGCCUCUAAUUCGCUGUUUCAUGCAGAGUAGGUGGUUAAUAAUGGAAGUUCUGUGAUGGUUUCAUCUGUUAAUGCCAUCUGGAAGAAGAGCAUGAUGCAGCACAGAGCAGUGGUGAAUGAUGGGAUGUACUGAGCAGGGCGACCUUGCUUCUCAUACAAGGAUACAAUAUGUAAAUCUGCCUUCUUAUGAGCUGUACAUGUUCACUGCUGUGUUUUUGUAACUCACAGAUGUUUCUCAGUGAGAUGCAGGUUUGUGCUUAAUGAAAAUAACUGAUUAAAAGAAAACAUCAGAGAGCCAGGGUGUUGUCCUUCUGCAGAACACAAAAACCUGAGAAAUUACCCUCAACCAAAUUUUGUACACUAUCAAGCAUAUCAAACAUCACAACACUUUUACUUUUUAUUAAUUAGUUUAAAGUUUUCAUUUUGGUCUGUUAAGGAAACAAAAAGGGAAGAUUACUAAAUACUUGACUCAAAGGGAGACCAUACCAGAAGGUUAGUUUCCAACAAAAAACAUUUUAUUUACAAAUACAGUCAAAAAUUAAAAAUAACUUAUUUGUUUGAUUAAUCUCUAAGCUAUUUGAAAUAUUAAAGUUUUAACAAAACUUACUUUCUGCAGCACUUAUCUGAUCACUUUAUUGUGUUUCUUUUGCUCCAGUUUGUUUUCCUGUGUGCCACCAUGCUUUACAUAUGACAUGCACAGACACCCCAUUUCAGGACUAUGUGAAGACACUGAUCCUCUACUGGCACAAGUGUCUACUUGGACUUGAAGGUUAACUGAUUAUAUUUGAUUCGUAUUGCAAUCUCUUUAAAGUUUAAAAGGUCAAAACUGAACUCUUUCAGGUCAGCUAUUUUUGAGCUACUAUACACAAUAUCUCAAAGGCUAGUGGUGUAGUAGACAUACAGUAAGUGUGACCCACUCUCUAGUAUAACUUGCAAAGAGGUGUUCUUUUGCACUACCAUAUUUAUUUAGAAGCAGGCCCUCCAAGAGGUGAAUGACUGCUGCCAAGCAUAUUGGGAGCAUAGCAAAGUAGAGGCUUAAGAGAAAAAAAAAAACAGCACACUAUGAAGUAGUUAGUAACAGUUUCUGCUCUCUUCACAGUCACAGUCCUGUCGAAAAUAAAAGUAUAAAUGUCAAAACAAGCUCAGGAAAUGCUCAAGACACCUCUGUGAAUGACUGUCAAGCCCAUAUUUGCUUUAUCCCUGGAUCGUGUACUUUUUACAAGUGCUUUUACAAAAACGGCUCUUGUUCUGAUUCUGUCGGGAAGUUGUAAUGCCAGUUUAUCCUCAUGUAAAUUUAUUUAACGAGAAAAGCUUCAAUGAGACUGAAAUGUCUUUUACAACAAUGCCCUGGCCAAGAUCAGCAGCUGAGGCACGUUUAACUUAAACCCAGCACUUAAUCAAUCCAUCAAUAUUCCUCUCAUGGAGGUUUCCCUGUGGGUCUGAAUCUUAUGAAAUCUCCUCUCGACAUGAAAUGUUUUGAAAGAUGAUGAAAGAUGAAAAUGUAUAAUGUAUUACUGUUGACAGCACGCACCACUGGCCGACUUAUCAUGUAGACACACCCACACAUACACACACUUGAAGUAAUUAAAGAUGUAAUUAUGUGAGAUGAGGUUCGAUGAGCUCCUUCCUUCCUGUUAUCAGCGCUGCAGGUUGAAUUCCCCUCAGUGCAGUCUUUAAUUUGAUGAAGCCCAGAACUGCUGCUUCAUAUACACCCAUACACAUCUAUUACACUGAAAAAAAUAUUAUCAGUACUGUUGCAAUUGGAGUUUCCCUCACGGGCUUUUUUAACCCUUAAGGUAGAUUUUGUGGACUGACUGGAGGUCUCAUUUCAAGGUAGUCCAUCCUAUAGUUAUGGAGAUAUCUAAGUUUGGACCAAAAUGUCCAACAUUCACUGAGCAGAAAGCAGCACCAUAAGAAAAUACUACAGAGUUUACAGACAGCAUUUGUCACUGUGAAGGUUUCAGCUGCUAAAACUGCAGUUUUGUGGUUUCUCCUUCAAAUGCUCGAUCUGAGCAGUAUCUCAUUUGUUUCUCACCUCAGCAUCAUUAAGUGGUUACUGCUGUUUUGAUCGCUAAUGCCUCCAGAGGAUUCUUUUGUCUUUCUUUCUCUCAUAUCGGUUUUUAUCUCUAGUCUUAAAUUUCCUGCACCUUAUUUUUUUUUUGGUGUCAUUUUAAAAUCCACAUAUUCCAGAGUUCUUUUUUGCCACUGGUUGUUGUACUACUUUGUGCUUCACUUUGCCUCUUUGUGUUUUAUCACUUUUUUCAUCUCUACUUAAUGUUUCGCCUCUGUGCAGCUCAGAUGUUUUGUGUUUCUCCAUUUUAUGCUUAGCCCCUUUUUGUUGUAAUUUCACUUCUUUUUCUUGCGCCAUUUUGUAUUGGCCACUUUGUGUUUGACCACUUUUAUGUCCUAACACUUUUUGCAUCUCCACUUAGCGUUUUAGCUACAUUGUGUUUUUCUGCCACUUUGUGUUUCACGACUUGUUGUAAUGCCAUCGAAUGUUUGGCCACUUUUUGUUGACAUUUUAUUUGAGACUGUGUUUUAACUGUUUGUUUUUUUUACCACUUAAGACUUUGCCACUAUAUACAUAUAUUACCACCUUUUGUUUCCCCACUAAAUGUUUUGGUUCUUCUGGUUUAACUACUUUGAUUUUCCUUUCUGGUUUUGACUGUUUUGUGUUUUGCUUUUUUAAUUUCACCUCUUGGUUUACAGUUGAUUACCUUACUUCACGCCAUGUGACAUCUUCAGAUAUGAGUCUUAGUUGUGUUGAAUGUUCGUAAAAUCAAAGAGUGGCCCCAAUUACGUUGCAUCAGUGUAGAGUAGAAAGUCCUUGUUUCCUCCUUGUCAUUGCUAUCAAUCACUUCUGGAAGAAAUCACCAGUGAUUUCUAUAAUGAAAAUGGUUACACAAAAUCUAUUUUCUUGUCAACCAUUUUAUUUUUCCAUUAAAUUCAAUCCUUAAUGUAAAAUCAGAUAUCUAGACUUUGGAUAUGACAGUGCCUGGCAUGGUCCAUGAAAACUUUUGCAAUAAAUUAACAUAAAGUUGUGGGUGUUGAGGGAACAAGUUGUUCCCCUCCAAUCGUGAUACUUAAAUUGAAAACUCAGCCUCAAGUUUAUUCUUCCAACUCAUCUACAUCCUCAACAGAGCAGAGCAGAGCAGAUAAUCCUGUUUAAUGCUGGUGUUGUGAGCUUCAGUGAUUCAAGAGGAGCUUCUGCCUUUCAGAAAUUACAAAUGUAGGGAGCAUUGGAGAGAAAAGUCUGGAAGUUAGAGAGGAUCCUAAGGGUCGUUUUCAGUUGCAGGAUGACAACUCGUGUCUGCUUUAAAAAUGUUCACAUUGCCGGGCGUGAAGAAGCACAGUAGAGUUGUAAAACCUGUUCAUCAUCCUGCAUAAUAUCUCUCUCUGCUGUGAUGGGAUUUUUUUUUUCAUACAGGGUGUAUAGCGCUGUAUGACCAGAGGGCUCCUCCGACACAGUAUAGAGCCUAUCAGUGUGUGUCAGACAUGCAGGUGCUGAUGUCAAACACACCCUGUCCUCCUGUGGGCCUUUUGGAAACAAAUAUGUCACUUUAUUUUGAACUCAGUGUCCUAAACUGCCUGUUGAGAAAUAUGUAUUAUCAUUCUGCAAAGAUUUAUCAAGCUACCAAACACAAAAUGAAAGAAUGAAGACUGAAUAAUGGAGCAAUCAUUUAAUGUCCUAGCCCUUGGUGUUGCCGGAAGGCCAAAAAUACAACAAAAAUGAAUGUCUAAUAGCCACAUCCUUCUUUGUACAGGAAAGACCCUGAGGUGAAGGUUGACAAUGAUACUUUAUUAAAAAAUAAGUCCUUGUGAAGUAUAUGUUUCAAGGGCUAAAUCAUUUUAAAAUUUUAACUACACAGUACAAGGUCAACAAUUAAUAUUCAAAUGAGGCAUUAUCAUAGGAGUUAUGAUAAAAACUGAUUAAUAUAUUGGAAAGAAGGGUGUGUGUGUUUCUGUGUGCGGGUGCCUCAGGUAAAAACACUAUUGUUAUUCAUGGAUUUAAGAAACUAAACUGGAACAUACAUUUUGCAUGAUGCAUAGACUAAAAUUUUAAUGGCUAUUUUGAGAGUUUUAAAAAUGAAUUUUGCGGAUUAACUUUUGUUAAAAAUUUAAAAAGGACAAUUUUUUCAGGUACCUCAAAUCCAGAAUAUUGGUUGCGUCAAAUAAUAAGACAGUCUUGUUUUAUGGUGGGGCUCCCGGUAAAGAACAGGUCGAAGCUGUAUUUCUGUCUGAAAACUACCAUUACAUCCAACAAUGUGCAGUUUCUAUGCAGAUGUGUAGCACUUUCUGGUUCCAUCUGUUAUCACCACCCUGCCAGCAAUCUGUAUGCUACUUCACCUCUUGAAAUGGAGACACUGACAGAACUUAAGGUUUUUUACACACAUGGCUGAAACUGAAGCAAGUCUAACCGUUCAUUUCAAAAUUGAAGAUCAGAUACAAACACCUUGGACAUAAACAUGUGGUCAGUCAUAGUUUAUCUAUUUUUUGUUUCUAUUCAUGCUGGUCUGUAUCUUUAUUGCAUAUGCUGAUCCUUUUGUGUGUUUUUAAUGAAGUCAGUACUCUGUAAUUUCUUUUUUUUAAAUUUUGGAAACCUAACCAAGGGCAGGGGUUAUAAAUAAGCCAUAUCUAGUCCAAUGGCAUCAACAGUACAGAGAAAUGCGAUGCUAGAACAGACAGAGGCCAUUGUAUUACAAAAAGUACAGAUCUGUGAAAGUGUCCGUUUUUUAUUAUUUGAUACACAACCCAUUAGACCUCUUGCUAAUAUGUUUGUCAGUUAUUUUGGUACCUGACAUAAUGGUUCAACCAUUAGAUAGUCCACUACGUCCAGAGCUGGAACAACAGUCCAAAUUAAUUAACUAAUCAAGCCCUAACUGUUGCUUGAUAGAAAUGUGCAUGAGAAUAAAGUCAGUAUGAAGCAGCUGAGGUCACCCAAAUUGAUUUUGUGUUGUUUCUGAGGAGGACAGAUGUGAAACCGUUGAAGGAUCUAGCUGUAUUUAGAAUUUGUAAGUGAAUCAGCAUUGUUGCCGAAGUUGCGCUUUCUCUGAGAUUGCAUGUUUGGUUAAAAAUAGUAAGAGCAUAUUUGAUAAAGAACAGGGAUUAAGCUGUGGCACUCAAUCUAUGAAAUGUAUUCAGCUUCAGAACUGGAAAGCAUGAGAAAAUGAAGGUACCUGCGUGGGCAAAAAUCAGAUGUGCUGUUUCUCCUGUGAGUCUGGACUCAAAUCAAACCGUGGUUUGAACUUUUCCCCUCUUUAUACCUUCAGUCACGGACCAAAUGUGAGCUUUUGGCCACACACAGUGUCACAAAGUUGGAGGGAAAAAUUGUCAGAGGAAUAUUUGCCUUGAAUACAUGUAUUUAGAAUCAAGAAGGCUGUUAAAAACACAUCAAGAUGAACUUUUAUACCUUACCCUUUUAAAUAUCCUAGCCAAUGGCCUGUAUGAUCAAAGUGUAAGACCUUUCGACGGUCGUCCAUUUGUACACUCUUUCUCUACUAAUACCUAUGUGUUAAAUUCCCACAAGCAUUGAACAAAAGUAUUCACAAACAUGAGCUCUUGAAAUAAUUAAGGUGACAUUUCAACCAAAUUAGUAUUCACAACAUAGUAUGGAAACUAUUAUUUAUGGUUUCAGUUAUUUUUUAUUGCAGGGAAAAGGUAAUUUAGAUGGCAUGCACAUAAAUCCAGAAGGGGGCUUUUGGUUCCUUACACUUUAUCCCAGAGAGAAAAAAAACAAGCUCCCACUAUAAGUUUUGUGAUUUAUAUUGUGUGUUUAUUUUAUUGCUGUUUUACUUUAGUACAGUGUUACAUUUGAGUGUCAUCUGCAUAUGUAGAUGUGGCACAAAAUCUUAUAGGGAUCUGUGUUCAAACUGUUGCAGUUUGAACACUUUGAAAUGCUUGUGGAGCCACUAAGACAAUGAUGGGACCUUAGUGUUUGGUGUACUAAGACUGGACUGUGGCACAGAACUAAGAAAAAGUCUAGUUUUUGUUUUGUUGACUUCAUACUUUAUCCAGUGUUGAUGUUUGCCAAAGAAAAAAGAUCUUUAAAAGCAAGCUGGAGGUUAUAAUUUAGCCUUAUUGCUACUUCCUAAAAAUAUAUUUACUAUUAUCAUUUUAAGAAAAUACUUUGAUGAGGAGUACUUUUUAGGGAAAUCAGGAUCAGGUGCUUUGUUAUGGUGGGAGGUGAGAGCUAGCAUGAGGAAGGUUGAUUUGAGGAUACCAGAGCUAUAUGCUGAGUUUCCCAGAGGUGCUGUGAGGCUACCUCAGAGAGGGGAGGUACCCACUUGAUGUGAAUAAUGUGUUGGCUCUUGCUGUCCAUCAAUCCCUAUCUCUCUUCAUGUCGGAGUGUUUGGAGACAUAAGAGGACAUGGGGUAGGUUAUGUAACCAAUCAGUAGGGCUUGCCUCAUUUAAACUCAGCAAGCUGGUAAUAUUAAAUUUCAUCGGACGAUUCAUUUCAAUUCUAUUACAUUAUGUACAUCUCUCCUUUUGUGUUUCAAUGAUUUGCAUAGGUUAAGUGCUUUUUCAUAGCAGGUUAAACCAUAAACAUCCUAUUUUGGUCUUACUGGAUUGAUUGAUUGUCCAUGAUUUUCAACAACAAUAUCAAUUUAGAGUUGUCAGACCGCCAUGCAGUUGUCUAUUUUGCCUCAGUCCAUGUUUAAAAUGCUCAGACUCCGAGGAGCUUGACAACUACAGUUUAACAUGGUACAACCUGCAUUUGUGGAUGGGACAACAAACUGUUGGAUUUUGGAAUGAUUUUGAGCCCAUACAGUGAUUUUCAGUGGACUUGCAACCUUUUUUAAAACGAGUAUUUAUUAUUCUCAUCAAACAAUUACAAUUUCCUGUUAACAUGUAUAUUGUCUUGGCACUAUUUUCAAUUAAACAUAGGCUUUAAAUGAUUUGCAAUUUUUUUAAAUGAAAUAAUAAGGACUUGUGAAGAAAUGUAUCUGACAUGGUUUAAUAGAUUUUACGUUUGACCUAUGUUACAUUUUGCUAAGAUUAGAGAAGGCAGGCUUCAUGACCUAUAGUACGAUCAGUCAGGAGGGGGAGCUUCAAGUGUUUUAGCUGCUCUUUAGGGGAGCUAAAAUGUUGUCCAUCUUUUUUUAUAGUGUACGUCAUAGGUAUUUUUGUGUUUACAGGUGUGUUAUGGUUGUCUGUGGUGUCAGAAGUGCUCUACAUUCUGCUGUUGGUGGUCGGCUUCAGUCUGAUGUGUCUCGAGCUUUUCCACUCCAGCAAUGUUAUAGAUGGUCUUAAACUGAACGCCUUCGCUGCUGUCUUCACCGUGCUGUCUGGUAAGUUGGGGUAAACCCAAACUACUUCUCUUAAUCAUUUUUAAAUACUUAUGCCUAUGUGGUAAAACAUCUAUUCACUCUGAUAACAAAUGGAACACUUCUUCUGCCGCACUGAAAAUAGGUUGAGUCUCAGAAGAAAGUCUGACUGUGUGUCCUGUCGUGUCAGGACUCUGACGCAGAUAUUUUGUUUCUAAAAUCUUUUAAUCUCUGUGGGAUCGGGUUUGAUAAAUAAAAUUUAUGAUUACACAUUCAGAAAUAGUCUCAGAAAAAACAUGGGGUGGAGAGAGACUGAUGCAGAUUUGUGAGAGGUUCUUUGGGGCCAAAGGUUAUCCCCUGGAAGCCUUCGUCAUGUAGGAUGCCAGGGAUUUUUCUCCCAACUCAUAUUAAACCUCUUACACAAGAGGCUGGCACUGUGUCACUUCUCACGCAGACACAUACACACAUACUCUGCACUUUGCUAGCCUCCUCAUCAAGCCUCUCUAAGGAUGUUCCAAUCAGACCAGUGGUUCUACUGUAGGCACAUUUUACUCACUGCAGCAAAAGUGAUUGUUUGAGUUCUUGACUGUGGUAGAAAGUGAGUAAGACUAUUAAUUUGAACACUUAACUUGGAAACAAUUAUAUUGUAUUUGUAUCAGAAUACAAUACUUUUUUCUACCACUCACUCCUGAAGCAGAUAUUUUACUGUGUACUAAAUUUCUGUUACAUAUUUUCAUGUUUUCAUUUUCUGCAUUUAUUGUCAUUUAACUAUUAGCUGAAAAGUUUGAAGACUGUCCAAACCUCAAACCUAUACUAAAUCCUAACUUUUAUUUCCAUCUUUAAAAAUAAAACUGAGUGCUUAGAGGAUCUGCAUUUUGUCCUGAGGGAGGGUUAUGUCCCCCAAUGUGACCUUGAAAAGACACUAUUUUGUCCUGUCAAUAUUCAUAAAAAAAGGUCAGCACGAACUUGCACUCACAGAAACACAAUUCCCAGAAAUCUGAAAUCGUCAAGGCUGUCAGGCUGGAGGAGAAAUGGGACUCUUUUAUGGUGAGCUGUAAAUCUGGAGCAGCUGAGUUUUAUUUGCAAGCACAGUGAGGCUGAUUAUAAGUGUGUGCACUUGCCACACACACACACACACACACACACACACACACACACACACACACACACACACACACACACACACACACACACAGUGAUGUCAGCUGUUGAUGGUGUUGUUUUGAUGUAUAGCCUCUACAUUGAUCUCUCAUUAACUCAUAAACAAUGUUGCCUUUUGAUUUACUGUACAUUUAUGAGUGAUUACAUUCCUAUCUCCAAUUGAUCAAAUCUCAUAACUGGAAAGUUAAAUUGAUUCAAACUGCAUAAUUAGUAAUUAUUAUAGUUACAUGUGCUCUGAUUUAUAACUGCUUUUAUGCUGAGCUGCAUCUUGUAAUUGAUUUGAUUUACAUUUGUUUUGCUACUGGUAAUUACAGCAGAUCAUCUUGUGCUGAGUUCACAUGUAGGAAAAUAGCUGGCAGAUAAUACUUUGCUAUUUUAGUGCCUAUUGUGCAAAAAAAAUGACUGAAUUGACAGUCGAGGUGGUUCUAAUUAACGUAUCCCUUGUCUUAUAUUCCUAUCUUACAUGUGCCAAUGUACACAUACUUCUUUCGCAUUGCCAUUUUGUUUGUUCACGUUUGUUGCUGGGCAGAACGCUCUGUACUCUAACUAGUCAACGUCACUAACAUGUUAGAACAUACGAAACAUGUUGGACUCUCUGUCAAGAGGACAUGAGGCACCCCUUUUGUGCUCUUGAUUGUAGUUAUUCUGUAAAAUAAUUGUUUUUCAGGGUCCCAGACCUUUACCUUUGCCAUAUUGGGGUUUCGAGGCACUUGAAAUGUGUUGUCUGACCUUGGCACUAUGCAGCCCGCAUUUCUCUACUCUGAUCAUUCAUUCAGCUGUUUUCAUUUACUCUUGUAACAUUUAGGUCAAGCAAGAGUUCCCGUUUAACCCUUUAAAAUUUAAGUACAAUUGAUAGUUAUACAAACAAAAAAAAACUUAAAAGGGAAAAGAAAGGUAUCACAAAUAUGAGUUUUUGUGGAAAUCUUCUUAUUAAAAUGUCAGUUUAAACUAGGCUUCUUACAAAUUUGAAAAAAUGAACCUACCAGCUUGGAUCUUAUUGCACUGGGGUUCUGAUGUAAGGUGAAAUUAUCAUUGCCCAUUAAAAAUUUCUUAUUCAUUUUUUUAUAUUAGUUUGGGAUUUUUUUAAAGAUAAUUUUUCGGAAUACUUUAAUUAUUACUUUUGAAAAUGAGUCUUGGCAUGGCUGCUUAGAUGGAAAAAUGACUUUUCUUUUUUAAGGUUUCAUCAUCAUUUUUGUGAAGCUUGUUUUACAGAGAAACUUAUUUUUGAAAAGAUGUACAUUAAGAAGCUCCAAAUGAAAGAAAUAAAAAAAGCUACAUAAAUAGGAAUGGUUUAAACGGUUGUACUGUUGUAUGUAAAGAUACUCUUAUAGAGAUAAAAAUCUACUGAAAAUUUGUCUUCAAUUACUUAAAUCUAACAUUUUAUUCUAUAUCUGUAUUUUUAAUAGAGGUCCCUGCUAUGUUACAUACAGUGAUGGUUCUCAGUUGGCAACAUAAGUAUGUAUGUGUGUUUCAGGUCUUCUAGGUAUGGUGGCCCACAUGAUGUACACACAGGUGUUCCAGAUUACAGUCAGUCUUGGACCUGAAGACUGGAGACCUCACAGCUGGGACUAUGGCUGGUCCUUCUGGUUAGUCCCCCCUCCCCUCCCCAACACACACACACACACACACACACACACACACACACACACACACACACACACACACACACACACACACACACACACACACACACACACACGAAGAGGCUAAUAAUUUUCAUUGGCCCUGCAUCAUUAAAUGCCAGAAGAAAAAUAUUCACUGUCUUUCUUAUAAAUGGGUUUCUAGGUUAUUUUUUGUGGAGGUGUCUAUUCACUUCACAGACAAUGAUGAGGUACACGGGGAGCGACAGGGCUGUUGUUUCUGAGAUAAUUAGCCAGACAAGACGCACCUUGACCUUUUCUGCUCUGUGCUCGAAGGUGAAGUCGCACUGCUGCAGCUGCUGUCUGAGUUCAUGUGGCUCAUUUGUGGAUCAAGGACAGUGAAUCUUAGAAGAAAAAAAAUGGUGUCUAGACAAGUUAAUAAAUCACACGUCAGCGGCAGGUAUUUGACUGGCUGUUGUAGGUUUCUGGCCAAAUCACAUUAUUUUGUUCUGCAGAUGGCAUUAAUUCAGAUGUUUAACACUGAUGUUUAUGCCUCUGUUGUCUCAGGACACUAACAGACUGGUUGUCACAAAGUUGAGGUUCAAAGUUAAGUUCCUCCUUGGUUCAGACGGCAAACUGUUAAUGAAGAUCAUGUGAUUCAGCUGCAUUAGAGUGUUUUUAACUGCUAUCUAAUGAUGCGUUUACACCAAGCGCGAAUAAAAUCAUCUACUCACUUAAUUCACAUGUAUCUGGAUGCAAGAAUGUUGUGUAUUUACUCAAAUUACUCGCUAAAUUUGCAUAUUUGUAUUGCAUCUGUAGAGUGCCCAAACACAUGCACAAUUGCAAAAGAGGAGACGGAAAGAGGAGGGGUUCCUGCAUGUUAGGUCAGUCUGUUUACAUCAAACAUAGCAGAGGUCGACCACAUCGUGAUCGACACAAGACAUUCACCUGUGAACAAGUCUGCUGUAAUCUAAAAAAAGCUAAUUUUGAUUCACUGUUUGAGCUUUGGCAAUGUUAAAUAUGCAAGACGGUCUUCAGUUUACUCAUAUUUGUGAUAUCUGUGCACUGUCUGCUUUUGCAGCUUGUACAUUAGACAGUACAAACAACUAACAUGGGGCAUGUGUUGAGGGACUAUAUCUGCAGUUUUUGAAGCCAAUACAGCACAGCAUAACAGGGUUUGUAAAUGCAAGUACAGAAUGAGAGGAGAAAAGCCAAAGAACACCUAAAAAAUAAACACUCUACACCCAUUUCUAUUUGAAAGCAGCAAGAGUCAGCUCUUCUCAGUCUUUCUAAAAGGAGAUUUUAUUCAUCAGUCAUUCAAGGCCCCUCAUUUUAAAAAGACACAUUCAGGAUUGUUAAUGUGGAAUAAAAUUGCCAGGAAUAUUUAACCUCUACCUAAGUGUAGGGCCAGAGAUCUCCUUAAGGGUGCAUAAAAAGUGUUAAUGCGGUCUGUUCCUGAGGGCCAUGAAUGAGCAAUGUGCCCACCCAUGUGUGCGAUUUAAAACUCUCCAGAAACCGAGUCCAGCAAAAUUAAAGCACUGUGAGAAAUGGUUUUAAAAGUUUAAAGCCAAGCCAGGUCACACAAACUAGGCUUUCCUUCCCCAUACCACUAUGCUGGUUUAGUUCUCCAACGUAGCAUCUCCAUAAUCCACACUGAAUUUACAACCUCUGCCUUCUCUUACCUUUGGGUUACAAUGAUCUUACUCUCCAAAGCUUUUAGAGCAUGCUUUCAUUUUACAGAAAUCACUUCCAACGCUUAUCACUGAGUAAACACAGAAAUUACACCAUCUGAGCCUGUGAACUUAACAGCACAGAGAGCUACCUCAGGGGGAAAACUCCUGUGAACCCAACAGCUGCUUCUUCAUCUGAAAUGGUUUGUUUACACGCAAGAGGCCAGGGGUAACCGAUGAUUGGGCUUGUGUAUAUGCUAAAAGACAAAAAUAUGCUUAGAUAGUUGUUUAUUAUUUCUGUUGAAAGUAAGAACUGCCAAUAGUUGAUUUACAUCCAAUUAAGUAACAUCAAAUUAGUUUGAAUCCCUGUUUGAUGAGAUAAAUACUGAUUGACUGGAUCAGUCUUUUUGUUUCUGUUUUUGUCUCUGUCUUAAGGUAAAUUUUCUCUGCUUGUCUAUUUAUCACUGUUUGACAUUAUCCUUGCACUGCAGUUUGACUUCGCUCAAAGGGACUGUUAGCUUCCCUAUUAACAACCUAAUAUCACACCUAUUCCCUAAAGAGCAGAGACUCUCUCUCAAUUAACAGCACAUCAGUUAUGUGCUCGCAACAUUAGCUGGUAGAAAGCCCGAGGCUGCAGACUUCAGAGUACACAAUGAAUCACCACAGAUGUUUCUCAGAGUGGUUUUAGUUCAAUAACCACCUCAUUUCUCCAUCUGUACGGUCAUACCUCCUUCUCAGAGUGGUGUUUCCAACACCCCAAGAAAAAUACGAGAUUCGGCUGUUCACAUGUCUUUUGGUCAACAGUAAGACACCCUCACAACUACCACACAUAAACAUGACCUGCGAUGGACCUUUGUUAUGAUGACUAGUGAAACACAGAGUAAACUGUUAGUGCCCUGUCAUUCUGACCCCAUCAUACAGAUGUUGUAAAUGAAUGCUAGGUUCCACUAGAGUGAGUGUAAAGCUCGUUUUCAUCUUCAUUCCCACAGCAUUUUUUAUCCCUCUCUUUUUUUAUCAGUAUGGCCUGGGGUUCCUUCACCUGCUGUAUGGCUGCCUCUGUCACCACCCUCAACUCCUACACCAAGACGGUGAUCGAGUUCAGACACAAGCGAAAGCUGUUUGAGCAAGGCCUACGUGAGGAGCAGAACUACCUGGACCAGGAGGCCUUCCACUAUUUUCGGGACCGCUCCCUCCAGUCUAUCUCCAGCACCGUGGAGGUCUACCCCGGCCAUGGAGGAAGCAGAGGUGGACUUGUUGUCGGAGGCCCAGGUCCAGGUCCAGGAACAGGUCCUGGCCCAGGUCCAGGACGGGGCAAGAGAUCCACGUCAGCCUCCAUAGACCUGGGGGAGAACACAGACUCAUUAGGGGAGGAGCAGUGCUGAGGUUUUAAGGAGGAGGGGAGGGUCAUGUUUCAAGGGGAUGUGGUCACAGGAGGCAAGAUGAGGUGAACUGCUCCUUUAGGUCUGAACUGGUUCUAGUACCAAAAACCUGAAAGCACAGCAGACCUUACUUUGUGUUUGAUUUGUAACUUGGGAAGAAGAGACACAGGAGUAUUUGUGGAAUAACUCGGUUUAAGUGUGAAAACCAAACUGAGACUUUUGACUCAUGGACCUUGGAUAUAGGAUUUUUCUUGGAUGGAAAAGAGAUGUUUCCCAGAAUAAUUUGAGGUGCUAUGUGUAGUAUUUUAAUAUCUUCAUAACCAAUUUUAUUACACUGUAGUGGGCCUGUGUGUAGACAGCUGUACAGCACCCUCUUUGGCCAGAAGUUGCAACGACAAUUGACGGCAAAUGCUCUCUAGAUUUUUCAGCAGUAUUUGUGGAUUCAAACCAAUAAUUAAGCAAAUUCAGAGUUGUGCUUCUCGCAUAGAUUUGUUUACAAAAAAUCAGAAAUAUUUAUUCGUGUUGAAACACAACUGACCAUUACCCAUUUUCUCGAUGACUAUACCUUUCUAGGAAGAGACGCAAAUUCAAAUUCAAUCACUGGUAAAAGGAAUGGGCCUAUGAAGAGUUCAGAGACACUCCAACAUAAGAUGCUCUAUGGUGGAUUUAAUGUCCGAAUCCAUUAUUUUUAUCUUGCUCUUAUUAGGUUCUCUAGAGCAAAUAGACUGAUUCAGAGAUGGAGAGGCAGAAGAGCCUGGUAUGCCUCAGGACAGAAAAAUUUCACACACAAAAUACUACACAUAGCACUCUAAAGGUGGUCAUGCGCAGUCCAUGCCCUAUUUAUGACGCUGAAUGUGAACUCUAGUAAUAAGAGUAUUAUUAAAACUACAUCUGAUUAUUUAUCAGCUAUAUUGAGCCUGUUACUGAAGGUUAGGUAUUAAAAUGUGUGAACGCCUUCUUCACCGUUAGCAACUUGAGAUGAUUCUUUCAUUUCAUUAAAGCUUUACAAUGAAUUUGUGCAAGAGUGAAAGCCUGCAGAUCUUUAUUAAUUAAACAAAAUCAGAAAUAUACUGCAAUCUGUGUACAUUAGAUUGGCAUCAGUUAACAGGGAAUCAGAUAAAACUUGUACUCAGUCAAUAUGUUGGUGCUUCCCUGCCUAUGUAUCAAAAAGAGUUAAAGCAUAUAAAGCAUCUUCUACGUUCAUAUUUUCUCUCAAAGCUAGCAAGGACCACUCUUCUGACAUGCAGUGGUUUGACAGUUUUAAAAGGGUUCAGGGGAGUAUUUUCACUGAGCACUUGGAGAAUAAAUUACUGUCACGCAAGUCAAACUCUUCAGGCUUUCACUCUUGAACUUCAUUCCUCUUCACACAACGUAUUUCCUGUUGAGUUUUGUUUGUUGGCAGGGCUGCGGGUUAUACACUUCUCACCAAAUGAUUUACUGUACCAUCUGACAGCCCCAUCACCCGAGGGUCAAAGAUCAGCCCUCUCACAAAGUUAAUGUGCUACACUGGCAGGGUCCUUAGGGGGGAAGCUGUUGAACCUCCAGCUGCUGCAGGGAAAUGUUGACCUCUAACCUCUGUGAAAAUUAGCUGCAUGAAUGUUCCCUGUGAGGGUCCCAAGGGGAUAUAAACGGCACCUUGGAAAUAAAUCCCUACAGUUAACUGAGGGCUCCAUUCCUAAAAGAAUAAGCUGAAAAAGAAUGGCUAACAUCCAUAGGUGGAAGCUGUAAAGAAUCUGUAUCAUCCUGUCUUUUCAGAUAUGAAAAGAAUAUUUAAUUUAUAAAAAAAUUGACUCUCUUGGUUUGUUAAAAUGGAAUGAGUCACCUUAUGUGAAACAGAUUUGUGGUCUGUUGAUGUUUUGUCCAAGCAAAAGAGAGCGAGGGUAUCAGAGGAUGCUUUUUACAACUUUGGAAAUGUUAGCCAAGAGCCAAGUGCACCUGUCAACAUUCAUCUGGGUGUAAGGAUCCAGUUAAAAAAGUUACACAUAAAUCUAAGAUAUUACAAGCAGAAUAAAAGUAACAGUCACAAAACUUGAGAGAAAAACAAGGUGGCAGCGAGUCUUGUUUACGGGAUGAUUAAUGGCGAAGCAUUAGGACUUAAAGAGAGUCAUUCACAAACAGACCAACCCUCUGGAAAUCUGCCCAGACAGUUAGCUGAUAAAAAGAUUUCGUUUUACAGGCAGAAUCAUUUUACGGAUUGAACAACUCUUCCCUCAACUGCAGCAUCAGAUAUAAACAACACUUCUCCCCGUACUCAUGGGUGCUGAUGACUCUUUCUAAACACCUUGGGACAAAUACUAAAAGGUCUGUGAGAGAAGUGACGACUUCAGCCGGCUUGGUAUAAAUUUGACUCAAGACAUCAGUCAUAACUCUGUCAGGUGCAAGAGAAGACUUACUUUGUUUAAACUCAGCACUCUACUCUUUGAGCUUCUCAUUACACACAAUGUUGGCCAUACGCAGAAGAUACCUGAGUCCCUCGUGUCUGAUAACCUAGUUUGUCUGACACGUGCUCUGCUGCCGGCACUAGAUGAGAGAGUGAGAGGUCAUUCACUAUGUCUUAAGGUGUCUUUGCAUAAAGCUGGAAACACUAGAUCAAAAUUUUACUUCUGCAGCAAAAUUUUUUCAGUAUAUAAUAAAUAAGCUUGUAUUUUAAGAUUACUACUGGAAAGAAAAAGAACAAUUUUAACAGCUGGGCUGAUAUUGAAAAAUGACUCCCCCUCUUCCUCCCCACUGCUCUUGGGCUCCCAUAGCUUACACCCACCACUUCAUUUACUAACAUAGUUGCCAGUAUUUAUGAUGAGUUUGUUCCCAAAAAAGGAAACAUCUUGUCACUGGAUUGGGAUUGGUUUGGUUUAGCAGCGUUAGACCCAAAAUAAACCACAGCCUGCUGCAGAAUUUGCUCAAAAGAAGUUGCAUUUUGAGGAAGCAGCUAAACCAAUUCAGGUCAACAUCUUCAUCAGAGGCAGGAACUUGAGCGGAGGAAAUGUAUCUCACAUUAAGAGAUGCACAAGGUUGCAACAGUCCACAAACAAUACAAUUAAGCCAAUAUUAGCCGAACCAUUUUGCCAUUGCAAAACAUUACAAGUAAUGGACACUGUGGAAAUCUAUAACUGAUACUGUGACAUUGCAUAUCACCAAAGAUAUAGUGCGCAUACAGUGGAGUACAAGGGGUUUAUCCACCCAGCCACAGGUAUCUGGGUCAACUGGGUUCUGUGAAGUAUCUGCAUCCCAAUUAAUUUUUCUCUCAGUGACCAAAAAUUAGCUUUUACACAGUUGAAUUGGUUUUAUACAUUCAAUUUAACAAUUAUAAUGUUGGGUGAAAAUAAAGUGGACAGAUUUUUACUGAAAAAAAAAAAGUUGAAAAAAAACAUCCUUACACUUUCAUUGGUUGAUCUGGAACUUAGAAAAAAGAGCUCGAAUAAAAGACCAGUAAAAGAGAAGUGAAAAGAAGGUGGAAAUUGUGAGAAGUUUGGAGUCAUUAAGUUUCUGUGAGAGGACCAAACUUGGCUCAAAUAAUCUGAAGAGUUUCCAGACUUCUUCAGUGAAAGUCAUUUAAAUGUAACGCACAAAUUGCUUUUAUUGCAGCAAUCAACUUUACUUGAGUUUUUUUCAGCUGGCUGGAAAUGAACUAACAGGAUGUUGAACAAUCUAAGUGAAGACAAGAGAUAAAAAGGAAUUAUGUUUCAAACUUCAUUAAAAGUAUGUUAGUUGUUCUAUCACUUCGGUUUUUGCUCAUAUCAGCUGUAUUUAUUUGAUUUAUUUUCAUACACAGAAAUGCUGAAAAAAGUUAACUAUUUCACUAACAGAUGAAUCAUGUUUGGGAUUUUUGUGGUAUUUAGGAUCAGGUAUUUGUAGAUAAAUAUUGUAAACUGGACAGAAAUCCCAGUUCCUGCUGAUACUGAAGUCUUUGCACUUUCUUCAAGAUGCUUUCAGUGUACGCCUCAGACUGGGAAUAUUCUGUGUGUGUUAUGUAAGACAUGGCAGAUUGUAAACAGCAGGGAUUAAAUUGGCUGAGAGUUUCGGGAGGUUUUGGGGUUAGACAUAAUCCAAACACAAAUCUUCGUGUUGCCUGUCUGUAAACUGGUGGUCAGUGGCGGGUUGUGAAUCUUCUGUACACAGAUGUAAACAUGCUGGUGACUAAUGAAAAAUGCUG